AUGGGAGAACUGACCAGGGAGGUCUCGUCUGGCGCGACUCAUAGGACAACCUACGGCAAGGUGGAGGGAGAAGAGAGGGGGGGCACGCGCGAUGAGAUACGCCGAUUUGUGUGCUGUGAUUCGCCAGAAUGCGAUGAGCCCAACUUUGACGACAAUGAUGAAGAUGAGAAGUCGAAGUUGAACGGGAGAGGGAGGCGGCAUCCUAGCUGCCAGGGUGCUGGGCCGAACCGCACGGCCGACCGCCGAAGGGCCGUCCUCGCCGUCGGUACAGAGUACCGUGACUCCAGCCUUGCAUUCCCGCCAGAAACACGCCAGAGUGUUCCUCCUCGAGCAUCUCCAGCCACGGCUCAAGCCUCGAAUGUAUCGCUUUCAUUGGCCCAAGGCCCGCGUCCGGAGGCCAGCUAA